AUGGAUGUGCCGCGCCCUACCAGCCGCGUCGAGAUCGUCGCUGCGAUGCGACGCGUUCGUUACGAAUUCAAGGCCAGGGGUGUGAAGAAACGCAAGGUGACCGUUGAUGUGUCGACUGAUGGAGUCCGGGUGACCACCAGGACCAACAUUACCGUUGGUAAGACCAAGACGAGCACAAAGCUGUUCGGCCGUGGUAAGACUACAACAACGAUCAAGGAGGACGAGAUUAUGCAUCAUCCCAUCUACCGCAUCUUCUACGUGUCUCAUGACAGUUCCGACUUGAAGAUCUUCUCCUACAUCGCUCGUGAUGGCGCCACCAAUGUCUUCAAGUGCAACGUCUUUAAGAGCAACCGAAAGAUAGAAAAUCGGAGAAAACACGGGGUACAGCACCGCCCUUUUAAGGUGCCUAAAUCACACUACAUUCCCUCGCUGUCUUCGAAGAUAAUCCACUUUAAAACGUACGAACCGAAGAGUAAAUGUGCGGUAACGACCAGAGAGCGGACGGUAGAUGGCGCUGAGAGUGGUCUCAAGCCAAGCGUGCUGUUUAUUAAGAUCGCAGGAGCUCGUAAACGGGCCCAGCAAUAA